AUGAAAAACGCUUCCCCCUUCCAAACCACGCUCUACCUCAAACACCUCCCGCCGAGCAUCAAGCCAAAGCAUUUCGACCUCAUCUUGGGGCAGCCGCCGAGGAAGGAUGGGAGUAAAGGGCGGAAACGCGAGACGGGUAUCAAAAUGGUGCAGAUAUACACUAUCCCCGCCCACCCUUCACCUGCCGUUUCCUCAUCCACACGACAUACGUCUCCCCUCCCUCUCGUUCAACGAGGCGCCAGAACCCUGCCUGCUGUGCUUCGCGCCAUACUCUGUCUCUCUUCUCGCCCCAAUUCGGAUAGGUCUCAGACCCCGCCCGUUGAUGCGCUGUCCAAAGUCGACAAGUCGAGAGAAAGAAGAGUGUCGGACGAGUCGCAUCAUGAAGUCAUAAGGCGGCGGAGUACAGGUGGGGAGUCGGGGAUCGAAGUCAUGGAAGGGCCAGGCUAUAAGCUCGAAGGGGAAACACCAGCCGUUGCGAGGGAGAAUGACGAGAACCAAGAUUUCCAAGGUUCAGUAAAGGAAGAGGAAGAAGGGGAGACUGUAGCGUACAUUCAUUUUUGUUGUGAUAAUCAUCUGUACAGUGCUGAACGCAUCCUGGGGCACCUCACCAUCGACGGCUAUCGGCCCACGAUCAGUACCAAGCGGUUCAACUCCGGUCUCGUCAAGCGUUGGGUCAGGCCAAUUUCUGGUGGGUCUAAAGAGAAAUAG